AUGGAUAGUGAUGUUCUGGACGAUACUCUUUUGGACUGGUGGGUGGAUACCUUAAAGCUGCGGAUACGGCAUUUACUCGUUAAAGCAGGAGAGUCCUGCCGUGCCUUGGUGGGAUACCAGGACGAAUACCUACAGAGUUUGUGUGAUCACAUGCUGCUGAAGGAUCCGGUAGGGUUCGUGGAGUUUCUCACAGGAAUAUCCUUCUUCGAAGCGCAGCUUGAUUUGUUUGAUGAGAUGAAGAAGAGGUCAGAUCGUUUUGGGGACUGGCGCUAUAUUGUUCUCCAGUGGGUUGACUACGACCUGUUGACGAAGAUCGGGGUGCCCUGUGCCAUUGUUAAAUGCGAUGGUGCAGAAGUCGCUGGUUCUCAUUCUCGCGUGGCUCCUGGUUGUUCCUCGGCUUUUGUUGGCGAUCGAUCGUUCCUGAAAGUCUUUGCGUAUGCUGGUGAUAAUGUUCUCUUGAGUCACCGUCGGGUCUUUGAUGCGGUUUUGGAGUAUGUUUCAAGCAAGCAGUGGUACCAGUCUCUGAUGGUGACUGCACCAGCCUCUGAUGGUGACUGUGUACCAGUCUCUGAUGGUGACUGUGCACCAGUCUCUAAUGGUGACUGUACACCAGUCUCUGAUGGUGACUGUACACCAGUCUCUGAUGGUGACUGUGCACCAGUCUCUGAUGGUGACUGUGCACCAGUCUCUGAUGGUGACUGUGCACCAGUCUCUGAUGGUGACUGUGCACCAGUCUCUGAUGGUGACUGUGCACCAGUCUCUGAUGGUGACUGUGCACCAGUCUCUGAUGGUGACUGUGCACCAGUCUCCGAUGGUGACUGUGCACCAGUCUCCGAUGGUGACUGUGCACCAGUCUCCGAUGGUGACUGUGCACCAGUCUCCGAUGGUGACUGUGCACCAGUCUCCGAUGGUGACUGUGCACCAGUCUCUGAUGGUGACUGUGCACCAGUCUCUGAUGGUGACUGUGCACCAGUCUCUGAUGGUGACUGUGCACCAGUCUCUGAUGGUGACUGUGCACCAGUCUCUGAUGGUGACUGUGUACCAGUCUCUGAUGGUGUACCAGUCUCUGAUGGUGACUGUGUACCAGUCUCUGAUGGUGACUGGGCACCAGUCUCUGAUGGUGACUGGGCACCAGUCUCUGAUGGCGACUGUGCACCAGUCUCUGAUGGCGACUGUGCACCAGUCUCUGAUGGUAACUGUGUACCAGUCUCUGAUGGUGACUGUGCUCCAGUCUCUGAUGGUGACUGUGCUCCAGUCUCUGAUGGUGACUGUGCACCAGUCUCUGAUGGUGACUGUGUACCAGUCUCUGAUGGUGACUGUGUACCAGUCUCUGAUGGUGACUGUGUACCAGUCUCUGAUGGUGACUGUGCACCAGUCUCUGAUGGUGACUGUGCACCAGUCUCUGAUGGUGACUGUGCACCAGUCUCUGAUGGUGACUGUGUACCAGUCUCUGAUGGUGACUGUGUACCAGUCUCUGAUGGUGACUGUGCACCAGUCUCUGAUGGUGACUGUGCACCAGUCUCUGAUGGUGACUGUGCACCAGUCUCUGAUGGUGACUGUGCACCAGUCUCUGAUGGUGACUGUGCACCAGUCUCUGAUGGUGACUGUGCACCAGUCUCUGAUGGUGACUGUGCACCAGUCCCUGAUGGUGACUGUGCACCAGUCUCUGAUUGUGACUGUGCACCAGUCUCUGAUGGUGACUGUGCACCAGUCUCUGAUGGUGACUGUGCACAAGUCUCUGAUGGUGACUGUGCACCAGUCUCUGAUGGUGACUGUGCACCAGUCUCUGAUGGUGACUGUGCACCAGUCUCUGAUGGUGACUGUGUACCAAUCUCAGUUGGUGACUGUGUACCAGUCUCUGAUGGUGACUGUGCACCAGUCUAA